AUGACUAGCGCAGUAGCAGUCGCUGCUACGCUGAGCACAGAGAUUCGGCUGGCUCAAGCUGUCUCGGAAUUUGUGGAAGAUCUUUCCGAUGAACAGAAACAUUCAUACCGCUUACAGAGAGAUCACCGGUCAACUCCGAACAUCGAUGAUGUUAUGAGGUUGACAGCCGAGAUCGAUAAAAGGGUAGCGAGAGAAGAUCCAGGAAGUGGUCGUGUUUUUGGACCACGACUGACCAAUUUUAUUCUCGCAAUCCAACAAUACGCCGCGAGAGGAGACGUUGUGAUCGGGGGAAGUGCAAAUUUAAUUGCUUUCAGUGUCUGGUUGAUUCUACAGAUGACACUACGCAUACUCGGUGAAGACUCUCGGCUACUGGAGAAGGCAUCUACCCUCUUCAUGAAUGCAGGUCGCUCGGCACCAUGCUGCGAGGAAAUCGAUUUGCCACUUUUCGAGUCGAAAAAGUUAAAGCUGUGUCUUAACGAAUACUUAAUUGUCGUUAUCCGCAUUUGCCACUACUUGGUCAGGUUGAUGCAAACCUCUGUUCCCGGAGAAACUGUCUCUGAUUUGACAGAUUCCAAACUAAGCGAAUUUGAAUCAGAACUAAAUCUCUGGGCAGCUUCAUAUCAUCAACAAGUCAAAAGCGCGGGGAGCCAGGCAUUUUCCGGUCAGAGUGGGGACUUCAUCGACACGUUAUCUGACUCAGACGAAUCUGAUAUGAAUCCUACCCGUUCCAGGCAAGAACUCGCCGAAAUAUAUCUAAGAUACAACCAUGAGGUCGUUUGGGAGAAUAUUAGAAGAUUGGGAAGCACUAAUCUGUUUAAAUUUCAUCCUGAGUAUCAGAGUUUCAUCGACUGCAGCCAUUCCUCAACGCUUCUAUACAGUGGUAAGGCCGGAGCAGGAAAGUCGCUCAUACUCGCCAACAUCGUCGAUGACCUGAUUCAAAGGCAACGUGGAAACUCUCAAGUCGCCUAUUUCUUUUGCCUCUGGGACAAAUUCAAUUCCCUCCAGGCAGUUACCAUUCUUGCCAGCUUAUAUCUACAACUCAAACACAAGGUUCCAGAUGACAUCUUGCUACUCAAAAACCUACGUAACCAUUCGUUUGAUACCGAAACGGUAAUUGCUCGACUACAGAGUGCGCUGAAGCCCGAUCAAAAGACAUAUUUUGUUCUUGAUGGGCUUGAUAUGUGCGAAGAAGGAGAGCGCAACAAAGCAAUUGGAGUCCUGCGAGGACUACAAAUCAGCUCUUGUCUCUCAAUUUGUCUCUCAUCAAGACCAGGGAUCAUAACUUCUAUUGGAUGGGCAAGACUUCAUUUGAUCACUAUCCCUGAAGAUAAUCCUAAUGUUGCAGUCUAUGUUGACUUUGAAAUAUCGCGAUUGUUUCAGUCGCGGGAGCUGGUAAAAUUAUGCUCCAAAAGUCUGUGA